AUGCUGGACCAUAGGAAUCAGCAGUUGGAUCUGAUUGCGCAGUUGGAAGAGAAAUGUUCCCAAUUACAGGAGAGUGUUCGAAAAACGACCUUCCUAGAACUGAUUCGCCACUGCCAUGAGGCUCUAUCGCAAUCCCUUAAAGUCGCAUGCCCAGCGCUAUGCGCCAAAGGGAACAUCCAGGGCCCUAAAGGGAGGUUCUGUCCAGAGCGAUUUGAACACUGGACUGGGUGUACGGACGCUCAAAGCCAGAUCUACCGUUCUGUGUGCGAAUUUCUGGCGCCGAGUGAAAGUUCAGACAAGCGGUUAUUUAAGUCAAUUCACAACAUACGUGAGCAUGAAGAGGAGGCUGCAAUGUCCCCUAUCAGCAGCGAGAAGGGUCUGGAAAAUUACAUGAAGUCUACAGUCGUGCUGCAUGUAACACGGAUCAUGGAAGAGCUCUACAAGAUCCCAGCAGCCCGAGAAAGGUUUGGCCUCAAGGGCACUGGGAUUCAAUUUACGGACCAUCUGAACCCAUUAGGUACUGAAUAUGUUGCCCAGAAUCGACAGGAGAGUGGGUCAGUUUCACAACAAAUGGCUGGUCGCAGACCCGAUACCUUUUGUGUUCAUUAUACGGAUGAGAAGCCCGGGCUGCUUACAACGGUGGAUUAUAAGCCACCUUACAAAUUGUCGAUGGAGACGCUCCGUAUAGGUUUACGACCAGUAGCCUUUAUUGAUGAAAUAAUCAAUAGCAGUCCUACCUCAACAGAGGGGAAGGCGACUCGCUUAGCGGGGUCGGCCAUAGUCCAGGAGUACCAUGCAAUGAUAGAGCUAGGGCUCGAAUACGGCUAUGUCUCCACUGGGCUAGGGCUGGUUCUGCUCCGAAUCCCCUAUGACAAUCCAGAAACCCUCUACUACCACCUCUGUGAGCCUAAUGCUGAUGCGGACCUGGAUAACCUCGAUUGGCCCCAGGAGCCUGUGACGAUGAUUGCGCGGAUACUGUGUCUGUGUUUAAUGAGUUUUAACUCACCAAUCCGGAGCCAGGAGUGGAGGGCCAAAACAAAGGAGACUUUGGCCAAGUGGAAUACAAGCUUCGACUACGAACAUGAGGUCCAGAAUAAAGACUCGGCAUCAGAGCAUCGUCGCGGCUCGGAUGUUAUUGCCCCGCCCACCAGGAAGAAUAGGCGCGGCGCUCCUAGGAGAUCACCGCCCCACACAAAGUCACGGACAAGAAAAUUAAAAGACUCUGGAUUCCGAUGUGCUGAGCCAGAUGAUUUCAAUUUCCGAGAAGAUGAAUCGGGUCCUGAUGCCGAUCCAAGUACAGGGCAGAAACGUCGCCGGGGCCCAAGCACAUCUAUUGAAUUCUCUUCGUCGGGACAACAGGCCAAACGCCGGAGAACCUCCCAAAACAACCAAAGUGGCAGGCAAGCCCAGCGAACUGUACAGUUCUGCACCCAGAAAUGCCUCCUGGGUCUAAAGAAACGGCGCAAACUGGAUGAAAAAUGCCCGAAUGUAACACUUCACCGGCAGCAUGGAAGCAGCAAAUGGCACCCGACCAGCAGCACGGGGCUAGUUAAGCUUCUCAAGCAUCAACUAAAUGAGUGCAUUGACCGUGCCAUACCCCUGGGAGAGUGUGGAGCAUCUGGGGCGCCGUUCCAGCUGACCUGUGAGAGGUUCGGGUACACGGUGGUUGGCAAAGGAACCUCCUGUUGGCUGUGGCCCGAGGUGUCGGAGGAAGCCGAAGUUUACCAGGUUCUUUCGCCUGCUCAAGGAUCGGUGGUGCCGGUGUUUCUCGGUAAAAUCGAUUUGGAUAAGACCUACUUCUUGCAUGGCGCCGGAAAGAUUCGACACAUGAUACUAAUGGCGUGGGGAGGCAAAACGAUAGACAGAGUGGAUGUCCAUCCGCGGAUCAGGAGAAAAAGCACAAAAAGAGCUGUUGCAGAAAUCGAUGCGCUAGGGGUGAAGCACGAAGACAUUCGCGACGCCAAUGUUCUGUGGAACACAGAAUUAGACCGGGCAAUGGUCAUCGAUUUUCAUAUUUGUCAGUUGAAGGCUCAAGUGGUCAAAAAGAAGAAAAAGACUAGGAAGGUAGCAGGCACCCGUCCGUGUAAUUACCAUAGCACGGACAUAAUGUGA